CUGUGUGUUCAGGAUGAGCGAGCGUUUCCAAAGGGAGACUUCUUUCCUCCAGAGAGGCCCCAGCAACUUCCCCAUGGUCUAGGUGGUAUUGGCAUGGGAUUAGGGCCAGGAGGUCAGCCUAUUGAUGCAAAUCAUUUAAACAAAGGCAUGGGAAUGGGCAACAUGGGACCUGGAGGAAUGGGAAUGGAAGGCAUGGGCUUUGGAAUGAAUAAAAUGGGAGGAAUGGAGGGUCCUUUUGGAAUGGAAAACCUGGGUCGCUUUCCAUCUGGAAUGAACAUGGGCAGAAUGAGUGAGAUGGAUCGAGCAAUGGGUGGAGGAUUUGAAAGAGACUUUGGAAGGAAUGAGAUGGGGAUGUCUCGUACUUUUGGAGAUGCCCUUGAAAGAGGUAUAGGUGGUGGAACUGCUAGCAUUCCUGGAAUUGAGAGGAUGGCACCUGGCAUUGACCGCAUGGGCUCAGGGAUAGAAAGAAUACCUUCUGGGAUGGGGCAUGGGAUGGAGAGAGUGGGGUCUGAAAUGGACAGAAUGGGUCUUGUUUUGGAUCGCAUGAGUUCUAAUGUAGAUCGUAUGGGUUCAGGAAUUGAUCGAAUGGCCCCUCUGGGCAUAGAUCACAUUGCUCCCAAUAUUGAUAGGAUGGGUCCAGCUAUUGAGAGAAUGGGUUCAGGAAUAGAAAGAAUGGGUUCAGGAAUAGGUUUUGGGAUUGAUAGAAUGGGUACUGCUAUUGAUCGUGUUGGUACAACUAUGGACAGGAUGGGAUCAGGUGUAGAACCCAUGCGAACUGGCAUGGAUAGGAUGGGUCUAAGUAUGGAUCGUAUGGUACCUGCAGGAAUGGGGACUGGAAUGGGUCAAGUCCUAGAUAGAAUGCCAGCUGGAUUGGAUCGCAUAGGAGCUACUCCUAUGGAAAGAAUAGGAUUAGAUCGUAUGGCUGCUGCUCCUAUGGACAGAAUGGGAUUAGAUCGCAUGGGUGCUACAAAUAUGGAAAGAAUGGGGCCUGCUAUGGGACAGGGAAUGGGAGCAGGUAUAGAUCGAAUGGGACUUGCAAUGGGAAGCAAUUUUGAAAGAACAAUGGAUAUGGAUCGUGGAAACUUCGCAGGCAAUUUUGCAGGCUCUCUUGGAGGAACUGGAGGACCUGCAGCUGGCGUAGCCAGAAAAGCCUGUCAAAUAUUUGUGAGAAACCUCCCUUUUGAUUUCACAUGGAAAAUGCUGAAAGACAAAUUUAACGAGUGUGGUCAUGUGCUGUAUGCUGACAUCAAGAUGGAAAAUGGGAAGUCCAAAGGGUGUGGUGUGGUUAGAUUUGAGUCCCCAGAAGUAGCUGAAAGAGCCUGCAGGAUGAUGAAUGGGAUACAGCUUCGUGGCAGGGAGAUUGAUGUGCGAAUUGAUAGAAAUGCUUAAAUAGUUGCCUUUUAAAAUAUGGAUACCAGAUCCUCUGACCCUGUAUUUUUCUUGUUAACCAUUUUAAUUUGACUGGAUGUAAAAAUGUUAAACAAUUCAGUUGCUUUCUGGAGUAAUUUUAAUUACUUUUUUAACAAAUGGAUCUCCAUUUUACUGUUUUUUGCAUUGAAACUGCAAUGUGCACAAUCCUUUUUUUGUAGUUGUGGCAUCUUGUUGACAUUACAGAUGUAUACAGUAUGACUUUGAUAAUAAAUGCAAGUUACUGAAAAUUC